CAUUCCUCAUGGAGGAGGAGCAAAAACGAGCCAUCUUCACUGAAUUCAUCCAUCCCUUCCUCUCCAGAAAUGAGCUAGCAGAUCCCGCCUGCCUUUCCCAAACUCCUAGCAGCGCUGAGUGGCUUGUAAAGAACUUUGCUGACUUCUCCAGCUAUGCCACUUUGGCGUAUCUGCAGACUCUGAAUGAAAAUUUCUCCAGCUUUGAAUUGUUGGCAAUGCUGACCCCUACCCAAGCAGCUGAACUCACACUGAGCUCUGGAGCACUGAACAAUACAAACCAAAUCAAUGCUGUGUUCGACCGACUGGAGGAAGGCAAUGCUUUCAAGAACGUGGAUGAGUUUCUGACAGCACUGAGCGCAGCUCCUGAGAUACCUGAUAUCAUUCCUGAUGUGAGAGACGUGAUGAUGAACAGAACCUUCAAGAUCAUCCAAGUGAGGUUUCAGGACUUUGAAGCUCCUGAUUGGGUUGCAUGGUUCACCGUGAAGCUCAUCCCCAUCCUUCCCAGUUUCACUGCAGAGAUGCUACUUACAGUCACAGCUGAGGUCAACUGCACCAACUACCAUGUGAUUGUUGAAGGACUUAGCAUGGCUUAUACACAAACACCAGUUAAGGGACGAGAGGAACUCGCCGCAGGUCUGCUAUCUUAUCUGAAAAUAUCUGCGAACCAGAUUAAUCAGCCAGCUUGCAGACAGGACAUCCAUAAUGACACUGACUGGCUGAUUUUGAAUCUUGGCCAGUUCUUCACCUAUGUGCCUUAUUCUGAGCUGAUUGAAUUCAACAUCUCUCGGACGGCAGUGCUUGUCUCGCUCUCUGGCGAACAAAAGGUGGAGCGAAUCUUGACACCAGGUCUGGUAGAGGAUGAGUCUGCUGUGAGAGAACUCUUUGGAACAAUUGUAAACUCUCCAGACCAAAAGCAGUUAGAUGAGUUCUUUACCACAUUUAUCAGCAUUUCUGCACAGAGAAACGUGUCUAGCAUCAGCGCUGCAGUGAGAAGCACCAUUCUCAACAUGACCUUGACGGAACUGGUAUCUAGAUUUGAAAGUUUCACCUCGCAGACCUUUGCUCUGUGGUUCCAGACAUACCUGGUCCUUUUCCUCCCUGGAAUCGGUCCAGACAGCCUCUCUGUCAUCCCCACGACCAUCAGCUGUGACUCUUACAGAGAAAUAGUGAAGGGCUGUGACAGUGUUUUCAGCAGUCUCACACGGAGUCAGGAGGAGGAUGUUUACAGUUUCAUACGUGACUAUCUCUCCCGUCAGCCCCGUCAAGGACAAUCCUGUGUGCAGAGUGUGAGCAGUGACUCUGACUGGCUGCUCAAGAACUUCGGACAGUUCAGUGUUCUCGCCUCCUUUACUGACCUGAUCAGCUUAAAGAGAGACUUUAAUGGGGUUGAAGCAGCAGAGUUUCUGACUCCACUCCAGCUGGCUGAGCUGUGCUCCUCUCCUUCACGACUCAACGGAUCGCAGGAUGUUCAAACCAUCAUGAAUGCAGUUGAUCCACAGCAACUUUCACACUUUUAUGAUGUUCUUUCACCAAAGAUCCAGCAGGUGGAUGAAUCGAGCUACUCUGCGGAGGUGAAGCAGGCGUUCCUCCAGGCGGUGUUUGCAAGAGGCGGUCUGUCCUCUCCAUCAGUCAGUGAUUCAGAGGUGUCCAUCUGGCUCACGGUUCGACUCAAACCUCUGCUGUCUGUUCUGAGCUCGGCAGAUGUUAAAGUUUAUUUUGACAUUGUCAGGACUCGAGGCUGCAGCAUCAAUCAGGAGGCUGUGAGUGUGCUGGAUUCUCUGAGAACAUCUCUGAAUGAAGACACACUACGUCAGAUCUACAACAACAUCAAACAGUUACUCACAGAUCCAGCACCUCUUCGUUGUUAUGGCAGCGGGAGUUUCUACCUCUUCCUCAAGAUGUCCUUCCUCCAUUUUGGAUUUCCAGAUCUGAACAGCUUCCUGUCUCUGAUUCCUGUGAGCAGGAGGCCUGAGGUGUUGAGUUCCAUCUCUACAGCAGAGAUGAGCGAGUUUCUGAACGCCCCUCAAACUCUUGUGGAUGGAUCAGGACUCUGUGAUCUGCUGGGCCUGUACAACCGGACCACACAGUACCUGGAGACGGAGCGGGUGGGUUCUGUCAGUUUGGCCCGGCAGGUGUUGUCCUGUGUGUGGUCUCAGGUUCUGAAGGUGAACAUCCAGUCUGAGGUGGAUCAGUGGUUUGAUUAUCGACUUGUGCAGUAUCUGCCGUUCCUAACCUCACAGUUCAUCAAUCCAGCACAGCUCAGCAACGCCACCUGUGUAUCAUACAGGAAACUUGUUUCAGUUCUUGGAAACAACUACAAUUUCUCCAACACUGAUUUCACUGCAGAGGAUGUUUACAGCUCCAUCAAGGUUUAUCUUGCAAAUGAUGGCUCUCCACGGUGCUAUGAGCCCUCCAAUCCUCAACUGAACUCCACAAACUGGAUUGUCAGUUACAUUGGUGUCUUCAUCAGAUACGUUAAUCUCACAGACCUCAGCUCCUUUGUGUCUUCUGGAAAGAUUGGUGUGUUCUUAGAAAACUCAGAGAACCUUGAGCUGCUCAACAGCACCACAGUGGUCCAGUCCAGUGUUAUAAGCUACUAUAUAACCCAGCUGUACAUACAGAACCCAGCCUUCAACCCUGUCAGGCUGCCAGGUGCAUUUCUGUGCGGUAUUCCUUCAUUUGCAUUUGAGCUUCUUGGAGCAGCAGACAGUUUGACUCUCAUAAAACGCCUCAAUGUGUUCUGUAAUGGAACUGAAGACCCUGCGAUCACAGUCGCACUCACUGCUAACCUUCCCACCAUCUCGUCGGCCACCAUCCAGUUGCUUGGCAACCAGAGCAUCAGCCUGACGGUGGGUCAGAUAAGCUCCACCUCUUCCAGCAUCAUCGCGGCUGCACUGCCAACUCUCAGGACUGUGGUUGGGUGGAAUCAGGGUCAAGCGAAUGCCAUCAUACAAACUCUGACUGCGUCCGGCUUUACAAUCAGCACGGGCUCUUCACUGGUGUCACUGGGGUCGUUGGUCAAAGGUGUUCAAUCUGAAACCAUCUCCAGCAUUUCAUCUUCAGAGCUUCUCACCAUUUCCAACAAUCCCACAUUCAUCAGCAAUAUCGCCUCCGCUCCAGCCAUCCUGCAGCUCAUUUAUGUCAUGAAGAUUGUGUCUAUAGAUACGACUAAAGUCAUUGAGAAUGUUCCGGAUGUGUUGGCUGGCUCCAUCCCGCGGGUGUUGUUGACGUCUCAGGAUUUGUUGAAUGUGACCCUCAUCAACCAGAAAAAGUGGACACAAGAGCAGGCUGUGAUGCUGUUUGGCUCUGUGGCCAGUGUCAAUGAGGAUGCUGAGGAGUUGUCUGAGGCGGUGCUGCAGGGUUUCACCUGUACUUCAAUCCAGACACUCAGUGAAGUGCGAGUCCGACAGCUGGUGAAAGCGUGCAGACAUCGUCAGGGACGGAAGAAGGUCCAGCUUAAAGAGAGUCAGCUGACGUGCAUGUAUAACUAUGUGAAAGACGACCCCUUGCCCAACUUCACAGAAUUACCCUCAGACAUGCUGCUAUACUACAGCUAUGAGAAGGUGGAGAAGUCAAAAUGCAGGUUGUAUUUCAGCGCAGUUGGCAGUGCCGAUUUCUCUGUUCUUUCCAGUGUCCUUGGCAAACAGACAACUCUGUUCAACAACGCACAAAACUGUCUGGGUAUAUCUGGUCAGAGUCUCAGUAAAGAUCAUGUGGAGGUUUUGGGUAAUCUGACGUGUACACUGGACCCGGUCUACAUCCAGAACUCUGAUCCAAUCAUCAUUGAGAGUUUGAAGAACUGUGACGAUCUGUCAGAUGCUCAGAUCAGUGCCGUGGAAACGCUGCUGCUCUCAGGGAACACGGCCUACGGGAACUCAUCCGUGUGGAAUCAAGAGACACUGGAGCGACUGGACAUUCUGCCGCUGUACUUCACUGACACUUUCUGGAAGCUUUUCAGUCCGACUGUAAAGAGGAAGUAUCUGAAGGAGUUUAUGCCGUCUCUACGAAAGAAAAACACUGAAAAGCCAAAACUAAAGAAACUCUUUAGAAACUGCAACGUUGAAUUAGAUGCUCGAACACGAAUUGCACGCUCCACAGACUGCACUGCCGGCAACAUCACUGAAGCCACGAUCGCAGACGCUUCAUUCCCGUUCGGAUACACCUUGAUCCAGUUUGACACGUGUCUGGACGUCAGGAUCCUCAGGGAUAACCUGGCUGCCAUCACCGAAAAAGUGGAUGAUAGUAAUUUCCAGAGAAUCAUUCUGAAUAAGCUGAACCAGGUGUACCCGGCGGGACUGAGCGACAGCGUGCUGCAGGUUCUCGCAGCUGUUUCUCGUCAAGCCACAGUCAGUGAGAUCAAAACAUGGAACAUCACAACCAUCGACACAUUAACAGCUCUGAUGGACAAAAACAACGGAGUAUGGGACAGACUGAAGAGUAAGGAAGUGAUCCUCCAGUAUCUGAGCAUCACUGGUCAUACUUUAGGCACUAAUGAACUGAACGUCAUCCGCUCGAACCUCUGCACGAUGGACGUGUCGACACUGAAGAACAUUACCACAGACAGCCUGAGAAACGCAGAUGCUCUGGAUCUGUCCUCAUGUUCAUCUGAGCAGAAAUCAGUUCUGUACGUCACAGCAAAAGCCUCAUUCAGUGCGCAAAACAAACAGCGAGUGUCGUUCUACCACCUCAUCAGCCCUUACCUCGGUGGAGCUCCUGUUGAGGACGUGAGGGCUUUGGCCUCUGAGAACAUUAGCAUGGACAUCAGCACGUUCAGAAGUCUUGACUUAUCAGUUAUCACGAAUCUGAGUGUGUCGGAGGUGCGCUCUCUCAUGGGUGUGGGUGUAGCCGAUCUGAAGGUGUUUGAGAACGAUUCGGUGGUUCAGACGUGGAUCUCCUCACAGCUGCAGUCACAGUUAGACACACUGAAUCUGGGGCUGCGGGGUGGCCGAGCUGACCCUUCCACAGCCGUCACCAUCCAACCCAACGCCACCAACAGCAGCAGCAGCAGCAGCAGCAAUAACAACACACAGACUACAGCUCUCAGCCAAUCAGCUUCAAGCACUGCUCCUGCACACGGUUCUGCAUCAGUGCUUCAUCUUGCUUCAAGCGUGUGCUUCAUCACAUCCUGUGUUUGGCUGCUGACUUUCACAUGAUACAUGAUCAAUGACCUCAAUGUUAGUAAUAAUUAAGAUCAACCAGCAAUGAAAUAACAUGAACAUCAAUGUUAUUGAAAUCAAUAAUAUCAAUAUCAGAAAUCAAUAAGAUCAAUAUAAGUAAUGAAAGAUCUCAGCAUCAGUCGAUUUUAGUGAUUUUCAUUUUUUUACAUUUUAACUGCUGUUCAGAAUUUCUCAUUUUAAUGAAUGUAUAGUGUACUUAUAUAUGCAAAUUCAUUUAAGAAAUUCUAGUCCAAUGAUAUUGUUUACAUUUGUUUUAUGAAGAAUAUUUUAUUAAGGAAAUCAUGUUUGUUAGAUUAAUAAAUUGUAUUAGAAUAAUAAAUUGUCUUUCUGUAUGUCAAUAGCAAAAUAUUAUUUUCAAAUUAACUGUCAGUAUAUAUUUAAUUUUCUGUCUUUAA